GCAGGAUCCGCCCCUUCCGCCCGCCCCUUCCGCCGCGGCCAUGGCGGAACCGAUGGGGCCUUUUAUUGAGGUCCGAACCGGGACAGGCCGAUUCCUCUGCUACUGUGGACCCGACGGCGCCGUCUAUGUGACCGACGCGAUGGAGGUCUGGGCCGGGGAGCUCGGUGACUGCCCGGCGCUCGGCUUUGUAGGUGCCAGUGGGGACAGGGGAAGGCGGGAGAGCCCGGGGCUGAGACCGGGGUACUGGCGGGGCAGGAUGGAUCUGGACCCAGGAGCACGGCGCGAUGCUCAGGCCCCACCUCGCCUGGGGCGGCCCCCCCUCUCUCCUGCUCCCCUUACCCCUGCGCCCCGCAGGGCCGCCCCGGGUCACGGGGCCGCCGCGCUGGGCCUGGGUCCGGGUUCGGCCACGCUGCGGCUGCCGGAAGAGCCGCAGUGCCCGGUCCUGACCCUCGCCCAGCUGCCCGCCGCCGAGGCGCGCAGCCAGCUUCAGGCGCUGGUCUUCGGCAUGGCCGGCUGCAUCGAGAGCCUGGAGAGGCGCCUGGAAGUCGUAGUGGAGACAUUAGCAUCUUCCUGCAGCCCUGAGAAGAACACUGCCCAGAGCUAGCAGCUCUUCCUGCCAGACCCCAGCCCCAGGAAGAAUAAGGCUUCUGGCUCAGCUUUGCCAGCCAAAAGGAAGGUACCGGGGGAGUCUCUCAUUAACCCUGUUUUCAAAAGGUCAGUGCUGGGGCUGGAUGGUGCUCGCUGGGCACCCUGUGGGCUCUGCUCCGAAGUUACGUGGCAGCAGGGCUUGGGGCUUGUGACUCUGAUGUUUCCUCCAUCCCCUUUCAGCAAGAGGGCGCCAUCUGGAGUGAAUUUCGAGGACUCCUGAUGGGUGCUGUCCUGUGCCCUGAUGACAGCCCUAUGGACCCCUAUGUCCGAGUGAGGAGGUGUCCCUGUUGUUCCAGACCUGCUGAGCUCCUCGACCCAGGGAGACAACAGAGGCAGCAGUACCUGGCCGCCACCCCUCAGCUUUCCCCUUUGGGGGGAACAGAGGGAGCAGAGGGGACACCAGCAUGGUGCGUGUUUCCCCUGCAGCUCUUCCCUGCUGGCAGGGACCCAGCUCCUGACCUCACUUACCAUGAACUGGUGGAGUUUGGAUGGAGCUUUGAUACCAUGGAAUGGAAAGAUGACCUGUGCUUUGCUUCUUGCUACUAAAGGUGUUUUUAGCCAGC